CUUAUAAACACAAAUAACACCUUCCGUAACACCUCGAUAUGAAUAAGGACGAAAGUCUAUCGGAAACGCGCCCUGAAUCGCAAGAGCUGCACAGUCCACAGCGCAAUUGCUACACACCGCCGCCAGCACCGAUGCACGGACAACCAACCCCACCGACAGCGGCAUCCUCCUCUGGAGCCCCACCAGCUCCUCCUGUUUCUGCGGGUCGUCUACUCAGCUGGAAUCACAGUGCCGCUGCAGCAGCAGCAGCAGCAGCUGCGGCGGCAGCGGCGGCCACCUCCAACCAGUCAUUGUCUUCGGCCGAACAGUCAACGAUGUCCCGGAUCAAAGGCCAGAACCUGGGCCUCAUCUGCGUGGUCUGCGGCGACACCAGCUCGGGGAAGCACUACGGAAUCCUGGCCUGCAAUGGCUGCUCCGGUUUUUUUAAGCGCAGUGUGAGGAGGAAGCUCAUUUACCGCUGCCAGGCGGGCACGGGACGCUGCAUCGUCGACAAGGCGCAUCGGAAUCAAUGCCAGGCCUGCAGGCUCAAGAAGUGCCUUCAAAUGGGAAUGAACAAGGAUGCGGUGCAAAAUGAGCGACAGCCACGAAACACGGCCACUAUACGGCCGGAGACGCUGAGGGAGAUGGAACACGGCCGGGCGUUGCGCGAGGCGGCCGUUGCCGUCGGUGUGUUUGGACCACCCGUGCUACUAUCGCCUCCCUGCUACGGUUCCGGACUCCUGCCACCGCCCUCGCUAGGCAGCCUGCCCCCGGGACGUUUACUGCACCACAACCACCUCACCUCGUCCAUGCAGCUGGCAGCGAAUCACAUGAGCAGCGCCAGCUUUCCCAUGUUUAACACCGCUGGAGUCCACCACUCGCCCAAGGAGAAGGCUGUGUAUGGCUGUGGAAUGGCCAUGGAGCUGACCAGCAGCGGCAAUGUCUCGCACUCGACCAACUCGAGCAGUAAUCAUUCGAUAGAUCCCAGUUCGCCAGCGCCGGAAGCAACCAACGAAAAGAACAACGCUGGUGGCAGCGUCUCUUCCGUCAGCUCUUCCAGUCCCACUCUAGAGAACGACAAUGAUGACGAUUCCAUUGAUGUGACCAACGAUGAGGAACCGCAUACAGGCAGCAGAUCCGACUCCAAUUUCAUCAUGCCACAGUUCAUGUCGCCUAACCUAUAUGCUCACCAGCAUGAAACGGUUUACGAAACGAGCGCCAGACUUCUUUUCAUGGCCGUGAAGUGGGCCAAGAACCUUCCUAGCUUUGCCCGUCUCUCCUUCCGGGAUCAGGUCAUCCUGCUGGAGGAGUCUUGGUCGGAGCUGUUCCUCUUGAACGCCAUUCAGUGGUGCAUCCCCUUGGACCCCACGGGCUGCGCCCUUUUCUCUGUGGCCGAGCACUGCAAUAACCUGGAGAACAACGCGAACGGUGAUACUUGCAUAACAAAGGAGGAGCUGGCAGCCGAUGUUCGAACUCUGCACGAAAUCUUCUGCAAAUACAAAGCUGUACUGGUGGAUCCAGCUGAAUUCGCAUGCCUGAAGGCAAUUGUGCUCUUCCGACCCGAGACCCGUGGCCUUAAGGACCCAGCACAAAUAGAGAACCUUCAGGAUCAGGCCCAUGUUAUGUUGUCGCAGCAUACCAAGACGCAGUUCACAGCUCAGAUCGCAAGGUUCGGAAGACUCCUCCUGAUGCUGCCCCUUCUGCGCAUGAUCAGCUCCCACAAGAUUGAAUCCAUCUACUUUCAGCGCACAAUCGGCAAUACGCCAAUGGAAAAGGUGCUCUGUGACAUGUACAAGAACUAGUUAAUUUGUGCUUUACGUUAUACCCAAUUUAAAUAAAUAUGUUUUUGUGUCUUGAA